AUGGCUCUUACAGAUGAGGAAUGGAAAAUCGCCAUUGAAAAAAAGAUUUCCCAACUCAAGAACACUGAUAACAAUGGUACAGUAGCAGCACACACUGGUGGUAACCAGACCAAGUUCAUAACCAUUACACACCCAUCGGAUCCUUUAUUCCCUUCGACUAUUGAUCAUACUCUAUUGAAACCAGAUGCUACUUCAGCGCAAAUUGAUGUUUUGUGCUAUGAGGCGAUAAGGUAUGGGUUCAAGUCAUGCUGCAUGAAUGGAGUCCACGUUAAACAAGUUGCUGAACAAUUACGCGGAUCCAAAUCUAUUCCAUGUGCAGUGAUUGGGUUUCCUCUCGGGGCAAGUACGACGGCUGUAAAAGUGUUCGAAGCCCAAGACGCCAUCUUCAAUGGCGCACGUGAAAUGGACAUGGUGAUAAACAUUGGCACACUUAAAUACCAAUUUUACACCACUGUUUUUGAUGAUAUUCAUGCUGUUGCUGAAGCAUGCCACUCAUCCCUCACCCGACCGAGUGAAGAAGCUAUGAGAAAAGUCAACCUGGAAGUCAUCCUUGAAGCUAUAUUUCUCUCCGACUCCGAAAAAAUUGCUGGAGUGUUCAUUGCUGCUGAAGCCGGUGCAGAUUUUGUCAAGACGUGUACUGGGUUUGGUGGGGGAGGAGCGACAAUGGAGGAUGUGGGGCUUUUGUAUUGGUCUGUGGAAUAUACUUCUGGGAGGAAUGAUGGGAAGGGUGAUAAAGUUAAAGUGAAAGUGAGUGCAGGAAUUCGAUUGUUCGAGAAAUGUGUGGAGAGGGUUGGGACAUAUGUGGUUCCCCCCUUGUGUUUCUUUCUUAUCCAAGAAUCCUGUGUCAAUGUAUAUUAUACAGGUCCUCUGGAGUUGCAAUCAUGCAGAACAUGA